AGUUGAAACCACCGCUCCACUGCCAUGGACACGGAGAUUCCCGGCGGUGGAGCUGCGGUGGGGGUUCAGAUCCAUUGCAGUCGGAGAUUGCCGGAUUUCCUACAGAGCGUCAACCUAAAGCCUCCCAAACCAACCCUGACGAUCUACGCCACCUAUGGCUUCAUCUCCAGUACAAUCUAGUGAGUGUCAUCAUAUGCUCCGCUAUUCUAGUCUCCGCAACAACCGUCUACAUCACGAGACGUCCUCGUCCCGUUUUCCUCGUCGAUUACGCCUGCUACCGGCCUCCCGAUCACCUCCAAGUCCGAUUCCAUCAGUUCAUGGACCACUCCAAACUCACCGGCGACUUCACCGAGUCGACGCUCGAGUUCCAGCGCAAGAUCUUGGAGCGCUCUGGCCUCGGGGAAGAGACUUAUGUGCCUCAAGCAAUGCACUACCUCCCCCCGCGCCCCUCGAUGUCGGCGGCCCGAGAGGAGGCUGAGCAGGUCAUGUUUGGUGCUUUGGAUGCUCUGUUUUCUGAUACUUGUAUUAAGCCUAAGGACAUCGGCAUUCUUGUUGUGAACUGUAGUUUGUUUAAUCCCACGCCUUCCCUCUCUGCCAUGAUUGUGAAUAAGUACAAAUUGAGGGGUAAUAUUAGGAGUUUUAAUCUAGGGGGUAUGGGAUGUAGUGCUGGAGUCAUUGCAAUUGAUCUCGCUAGUGACUUGUUGCAAGUUCAUAGGAAUACUUAUGCUGUUGUUGUCAGCACUGAGAACAUCACUCAAAAUUGGUAUUUUGGGAAUGACAGGUCCAUGUUGAUACCCAAUUGUUUGUUUCGGGUUGGAGGUGCUGCCAUUUUACUUUCUAAUAGGUCUAGGGACAGGAGGCGGGCCAAGUACAGGCUUGUUCAUGUCGUGAGGACACAUCGUGGAGCUGAUGAUAAGGCAUUUAGCUGUGUUUACCAGAAGCAGGAUGAUGUAGGGAAGACGGGUGUUUCACUGUCAAAAGAUCUCAUGGCAAUUGCAGGAGGGGCGCUUAAGACCAAUAUAACUACACUGGGUCCUCUUGUACUCCCAAUUAGUGAGCAGCUGCUCUUCUUUGCAACUCUUCUGGUUAAGAAGCUUUUGAAAUCAAAUGCUAAGCCUUAUAUACCAGAUUUCAAGCUGGCAUUCAACCAUUUCUGCAUACAUGCUGGAGGAAGGGCUGUUAUUGAUGAGCUGGAGAAGAAUCUGCAAUUGCUACCAGAACAUGUGGAGGCAUCUCGGAUGACUCUUCACCGUUUUGGAAACACUUCAUCAAGCUCUAUCUGGUAUGAGUUGGCCUAUACUGAGGCUAAGGGGAGGAUGCGAAAGGGUAAUCGUGUCUGGCAGAUUGCUUUUGGGAGCGGUUUCAAAUGUAACAGUGCUGUGUGGGAGGCACUCCGGCAUGUGCAGCCCUCUCGGAAUGGCCCUUGGGAAGAUUGCAUUGACAAGUAUCCAGUGAAAGUAGUCACCUAGCUCGGUAACAUUUUGUUGGACUCAUCAUUCAGGGAUUACUCUUUUCUUACUUUUGUUAUUGUAGUUUAUUUACACUUUCUAUGUGAUCAAUGAAGUUAUAGUGUAGGUCUUCUCUUC